GAGGAGCUGACAUAUGACAAUUACUCACGUUGCUGAGAAAGGGAAAAACUUUUACUGCACUGUCCUUCUUUAUAACCCUGAACAGAAGUUGGAAGAGCUAGUCCCAGUACUACAUCAAAAAGUAUGCAGCACACACCAUGAGUAGUCAACAAGAUUCAAAAGGAGUUGUUUUGACCGGGUUCUAUCAGAACAACGAGGUUUUACCUGUAUUGAUAGAUUGUAAGGAUGAAGAAGAACACACCUCGUUAUCAAGCCGGAGAACUGGCCAAUACAACAUUCACAGUCGUGCUAAAAAUGCUGCGGGGAAGCCACCCUACAGCUCGAGCUCCCAAGAUUCCCUUGAUGAGCUGUCAAUGGAUGAUUACUGGACUGAGCUGCAGCACAUCCAGACGAGCAGAGGCAAUGACCAGGAAGUGCCUGAAGAAGUGCUCAUGAAAGUGCCCGAUGAAGGGGAGUUGGAGGAGGAGUGGCUGAAGGAAGCAGGUCUAUCGGACCUUAUUGGUGAUCAAGCAGGAGAUCUUCAGGAAAGUAUUGUCUUGCUGUCCACACUAACCCGCACACAGGCGGCAGCUGUGCAAAAGAGGGUGGACACUGUUACUCAGACCCUGAGGAAAAAGAACAAGCAGCACCAAGUACCGGACGUCCGGGACAUCUUUGGUUUGCCAAGUGCACAAAGUGGAAAGAUCUCUAGUGCUAACAGAACACUGCCUGCUGGGACAAGUGAGAAUGGAAAACAGGAUGUUGAAUCCGAUGGACAAACGAUAAUCGCAUGUGGGAAUGACAAAAGCAGCUUGGAUACGGCAUUAUCAGAAACUGAUAUCAAUUUAGAGAUUUCUUUCUCGGAGCAGGCAGCCGGCCUCAAAGAGCAGUCAAAGAGCAGCGAGCCCCAUGGCAAUGAGGAUGACUCGCUCUUACCUAAUUUCAAAAUGCCACAAGACAAGACGGGUACAACAAAGAUUGGAGACCUGGCCUCACAGGACAUGAAGAAGGUCCGCUCUCUAGCACUGAUUGAACUGACUGCACUCUAUGAUGCAUUUGGAAUUGACUUCAAAUCUCACAAAGCCGUGAAAAUUAAAAUCAAAGAAUCUGGCCUGUUUGGUGUUCCACUUACCAUUUUACUUGAGCAGGAUCAGAAGAAAGUACCAGGUACCAAGGUGCCACUUAUAUUACAAAAGCUCAUUUCUCAUAUAGAAGAGGAGGGGCUGGAUACAGAAGGCCUCCUGCGAAUACCAGGAUCUGCAACAAGAGUCAAGAGUCUUUGCCAAGAAUUGGAAGCUAAGUUCUACGAGAGGACGUUUGCCUGGGACAGUGUAAAGCAGCACGAUGCUGCAAGUUUAUUGAAAUUCUUCAUCAGGGAACUGCCACAGCCAUUGCUCACCGUGGAAUACCUCAACGCUUUCAUUACAGUGCAAAAACUGCCUACAAGAAAGCAUCAACUCCAGGCCUUGAAUCUUCUGGUGCUUUUUCUCCCAGAGCCAAGCAGGGACACGCUAAAGACCCUGCUGGAAUUUCUCCAGAGAGUAAUAGAUAGUAAGGAGAAGAACAAAAUGACGCUGAACAACAUUGCUGUUAUAAUGGCACCCAACCUCUUUAGGUUCAAAGGGUUUCGUUCCAAGGGUGGAGAGCAACAGGAGUUUGCAAUGGCUGCUGGGACAGCAAACAUCAUGCGUUGGCUGAUAAAAUACCAGAACCUUCUCUGGUUGAUACCCAAAUUUCUAAUGAAUCAAGUAAGAAAGCAAAACACUGAAAACCAGAAGAAAAUGUCUAAGGAUAAGGCUAUGAAGAAGUUGCUGAAGAAGAUGGCUUAUGACCGGGAAAAGCAUGAGAGACCAUACAGGAGCACAACCAAAACUGAUGCUCUUCAGGGAGUCAUACGGGUGCAGGCACCACAGUUCUCCAAGGUUUCCAUGGCGAUACAGUUGACGGAGGAUUUAAAAGCUAGUGAUGUACUGGCCAGACUUCUCAGCCAAAUCGGAACUGUUGCCAUCAAGAGAGAAGACAUAUGCCUGUAUGAAAUAGGAGGCAAUAUUGGAGAGCGUUGCCUGAAUGAUGAAACCUACAUGAAGGAUCUGUACCAGUUGAAUCCCAAUGCAGAGUGGGUCAUAAAGUCUCGGUCACGCUAGGACAAUGGCUGCAACUCUGAAAACGUCUGGUGCCCCCCCCAAAAAAAAAAGGGAUAUGCGGUGUACAAAAUAGAAAUAAAAAAGACACAACUUAAUCAAGCAGACAAGCAGUAGAUUGAAAACCAUGUAUUUGAAAGGUCAAAUAACUGGUAAUAGAUUCAAAAUGAACUAACAGUAAUGCCAAAUCCAGAUUACUGUAUAAUGUAAGACAAUGCAAAUUGUGCUCAGUUUUUUUUUUCCUGUUGAGAAUGAAUGUGUUCACUAAGAUUCUGUGUGUGUUUUAAGGAUAGGAGUCAUUCUCAAUUGCAUUAGUCAUGUGGGGUUUUAAACUGCCCUUAGUCCUGUUCGAUCACUUAUGCUGCAGGCUGCACCCAUGCGUUUUCUUUUUUUAAUUUUGAUUUUUAUGUUUAUACAAUACGAAAACAUGGUAUAUUCUUGGCAAAAAGGGAAAGCUUAUAAGAAACAAGAUUCAGAUUCCUAAUGUGACACAUUAUUUGUUUCUUUAAUUUGGUGUAAAGUUUAUUUUUUAAUGCAAAAGUAGUUAGCAUUAAGAGGCUACAAUGAAUCGCAAGGAGAAAAAGAACAAAGUUUUGUUUUCUGUUUUAAGCUGUACAUCCAGUACAGAUAUCAUAAACAACACAAAUAAAAAAUGUAUUAAAACCACAUGUGAAAAGAAAGGCAGCCACCAUAUGUAUAUUAGGAACACACUGUGAAAUAUGUGCAGAAGAAAUACAUGCAGGGUAUAUUGAUGUCUACAGUAUUUUUAUUUAAAUAAACUUCCCAAAGUUAUUUUUUUUAUUUUAUUUUAUUUCACUUUUUGGGGGUUAGUGUAACAUUUAGAUUUGUGAUCUUCCGAAUGUGAUCAUGUCUUGGGCCAGGGGAUAUGCUUGUGUUAUGUAAGUCUAGAUGUAUCCAUUGAAAAACAGAAUAUUUGACCUGCUUUUCUUUUAUUUUUAUAUAUAAUUACAUCUGUCCCUCACAACAUUCACUGCCAAAUCUUUACAUGUAUGAUAACAUUCAAUAAUGCAGAUAUUUUGGAGAGAGGUGGAGAGGAGGGAUUGGUGCACUGGUAAAAAUGAUAUACAUACUACUGCUUUUCUGAAGUGGCACUGAACAGCAAGGUUAAUAUAUUCAGAUCAUGCUGUGAACAUGUUUGCACAAUCAGAUCCUCUUAACACAUGUAUGUUAUAACUGCUGGACAUGUAACCACUAUGCAGGAUGUUAAAAUGCUCAAAACAGAGCCCAUCCAUAUAUAAGCUGUACAUUUGUUUUGUAGCUUUUAUAAAUAAAAUAACAACAAACAUUUGUA